GCUAAGAGGAAUUAAAACCAGUUGAAACUACUCAAAGUACAGUAUCAUCAUUUUCGAGAAAAAAUGUCGGAUAAUCCAAGAAAUCCAGUGCGUGCACAUGUUACGUUCGUGGCAAUUCUGGGUGUAGCUCUGGAUCCGACAGAUUCGAAUCGUAUUGUUCAGGUGUUGAUUGAAGAAUCUGGUCAAGGUGACUACUUUCUCGAGAAAAUAUUUAAUGGAUUUUACAAAGGGAAUCGUGCAACGACUGAGCGUGAGGCGAAACGUAUAGCAACCCUGCUGCGUACUCCUGACGGCCGCGGCCAUCAAGAUAAGCCGGAAGAAGGAAAACGCAGCGGGUCUGGUUCAGGUACGUACUCCCUUCAAACUCGAGGCCUCUUGAUUUCUGCACUUAAAUAAGUCUUACCAUAAUACCAUUACACCAAAGGCUACAU